AUGGGUAUCACUGCAUCGACUAAUCAAAAUAUGAACACAACAGACAACAAUAACAACAACCAUGUAAAUAGUAAUAAUAAUAAUAAUAAUAAUAAUAAUAAUAAUAUGAAUAACAGUAUUAAUAGUAGUGACGAAGAGAAGAAAAAAGAGAUCUUUUCAAUGGAUUUUUCAGCGUGGAAGAAAGAUCCGUUGGUAUUGGUCGAAUACUCUGUGUUAAUGUUUGAAGAGAUGGGCGUAGGAAAGGAACUACAAGUAAACAGAAAUGCACUUUUAUCAUACAUCACAAGUGUUCAAACAAACUAUAGAAAUAAUCCAUUUCACUCUUUUAAUCAUGCAGUUACCGUCACUCAAAUGGUAUUCCUUAUCAUAUUACGUUCAGAAUUAAAUGAAAAACUUACUAUAUUAGAAAAAUUAUCAUUACUCAUAGCAGCAGUCUCACAUGACCUAGAUCAUCCAGGAUUAACCAAUCGAUUCCAAAUCAAUAGUAAAAGUGAAUUGGCAGUUAAAUAUAAUAAUACAUCAGUGUUGGAGAAUCAUCAUCUCGCACUCUGUCUCUCUAUUCUAGGAGAUCAAAAGGAUCUACUUUGUACAUUGACAGAGACAGACAGACAUACACUCAUUGAAAAAGUAAAGAUUAUGAUUUUGGCCACAGACAUGGAGAAACAUUUUGCCUACAAACAAAAGUUUGAUGAAAUCAUACCAAUAUUUUCAUGGGAUGAUCAACAACACAGAGAUUUAUUAUUAAUAAUGUUAUUAAAAUCGGCAGAUAUAUCAAAUGAAAUACGAUCAUGGGAUAUAUCGACAAAAUGGGCACAUGCAUUGAUGGAAGAAUUUUUUGCACAAAGCGAUCGCGAGAAACAAGAAAAUCUUCCACUUACACCUUUUAUGCUCCGUGAACAAGUAGUAUUGAAUAUUACACAGGUUUCAUUUAUCGAUAAAUUUUUAUUGCCAUCUUAUCAAGCAUUGCAAAUUAUAUUACCUUCACUCAGUGUAUAUGUUGAUAGAAUCAACAAAAAUAGAAUACUCUGGGAACAACUCCCAAAAUAA